AUGAGCAGAAUCGAAGAGCUGCGGCACAAAGUCGCAAGGGCUGAGCACGAGCUUCAGAAUCUUAAGGAACAGCUGGCCAGCGCAGAGAAAGAGGCACAGGAGGAAGCAUCAGCUCAACCCUGGAAAUGGCCCCUGCAACCCGAGGAUUAUGAGAGAUACGGACGGCAGCUAAUCAUACCUCAAGUGGGUGUCAAAGGUCAACUCAGGCUAAAGAAGUCCAAGAUCUUAAUCAUCGGCGCCGGGGGUCUGGGAUGCCCCGCAGCGGCGUACAUUGCCGGAGCGGGGGCCGGCACCAUUGGACUCGUCGACGGUGAUGUCGUCGAGGUCUCCAACCUGCACCGUCAGGUCGCCCACUCGACUGACAGGGUCGGAAUUCCCAAGGUCGAAAGCGCCAUCACAUACCUGAAGGGUCUCAACCCUCUAGUGACAUAUCGUCCGCACACGCAACAUUUGACGCCAUACAACGCCGAUGAAAUUGUAUCGCAAUACGACCUCGUGCUCGACUGCACCGACCACCCGACCUCCCGCUACCUCAUCUCCGACAUCUGCGUCCUCCUUCAGAAGCCCCUCGUCUCCGCCUCAGCCUUUCGCACAGACGGCCAGCUCAUCAUCCUCAACUCGCCAGCCGCGCCACAGGGCAGCCCAGAGGGCGGGCCUUGCUACCGCUGCGUAUUCCCCAAGCCGCCGCCGCCCGACAGCGUGGUCAGCUGCGGCGAGGGCGGCAUCCUCGGGCCGGUGGUCGGCGUCAUGGGUGUCCUGCAAGCGCUCGAAGCAAUCAAGCUCGUUGCCGCUGGGGCGGUCGACCCUGAGGUCAAGGGUAAGAAGGCGGCUGCGCCUUCACUUCUCAUCUUUUCGGGUGCGGCUCCGUCCGGGCCCUUUAGGUCUGUCCGCAUGCGGGGCCGAAGAAAGGACUGCUUCGCUUGUUCUGCGACGUCGACGCUGUCUCUCGAGACUCUGCGAUCGGGAUCACUCGACUAUGUGUCGUUCUGCGGGGUUAAUGCGCCAGUCAGUCUUCUUGCGCCCGAGGAGCGCAUAUCUGCAACCGAGUACAAACAAGUCUCAAACGAGAAGGGCGGCCGGCAUCUUCUGUUGGAUGUUCGAGAGCGCGAGAACUUUGACAUCUGUAGCCUCGACGGCGCUUUGAGCAUCCCCAUUGCCAAUUUCAUGAGGGAGACGCAGCCGUCAAGCGACGGGGUCAACCCCCGACCUGAGUGGCUGCCAUUGGAUUUCCCAGAGGAUUCGCCCAUUUAUCUGGUCUGCAGGGUCGGCAACGACUCACAACUGGCGGCGAGGCGACUCAAAGACUUGGCGCUGGAUAAUAAUGGCAAACGAUUCAUCGGCGACAUUGAGGGAGGCAUGAGGGCUUGGAAGAAACAGGUGGACCCCACGUUGCCUUUUAUCUGA